AUGGCACCCCCAACCCCCCUCUCCGUCGCCACGAACUCGAUCAACCGUCUCCUCAAGGAAGAGUCGUCCUACCGCACCGAACUCGCGACCCAGCAGCGACGCGUCGAGCAGCUGCAAGCGGGCGGUGCGGACGAAGACGAUGCCGGGAACACGGAAUUUCGAUUGAGGCAGGAGGAACGAGCGGUCGAGGAGACGAAGGCGGUUUUUGGACCGUUGAGGGAGCGGAUUGCGUGGGCGGUCGAGAAGUUGGAGGGGGUGCUGGCGUCCGGUAUGGCUGCUGGAGGACCGGAAGUCGAUGCUGCAAAUGAUGCUCUGGUGCGGGCGAAGGCGACUUCGUGA